AUGGCUAACAGCAAAUUUGCGUACGUGAAGCAGCUCGAGGAGCAGAGGAGGGUGUUGCCCUACUGCUACUUCGUGGUGAGGAUAGACGGGGGAGGCUUCAAGGCAUUCACAAAGACACACGGGUACACAAAACCCAAUGACGUACGCGGCUUGCAUUUAAUGAAUGCAUGUGCAAAGGAAGUGAUGAACAAAUUUGAUGAAAUCGAUUUAGCAUAUGGGCACUCAGACGAGUACAGCUUUCUUUUUCGAAAAAAAACAAAACUGUGGAAUAGGAGACAUGACAAAAUUUUAACCAACGUCGUCUCCUGUUUUUCAGCAUCCUUUCCUUUUCACUGGAAGAAAUUUUUCCCAGAACAGGACCUCCUAUACGUCCCAUGUUUCGAUGGCAGGAUUGUUUUACUCCCCACAGAAAGGGAAGCCAAGGAUUACUUCCGUUGGCGACAGGUCGAUUGUCAUAUUAAUACGCAGUACAAUGAAUGCUUCUGGAACCUGGUUAAUAGGGCUGGCUAUUCUCACCAAGAGGCAUACAAUACUUUAAUGACCACUCAGAAGAAGGACAAGAAUGAGUUGCUCUUUUCUCGCUUCGGGAUAAACUACAAUGAGGUACCUGAAAUGUUUAGGAGGGGGUCUAUCUUAAUGCGGGCGGAGCAAGGCUGCAAAAGGGACCACGUCGACGUCGGUGAAGAGGUGCACAUCACGCGUGUGGAGGUUCCCAUGUCGACGAGUGGAGAAGAUACGAAGGAGUCGCCGCCUGACCAUGCGAAUGUGCCUCCCCCGGACGAAAUACGCAGUGCGGUCACUACCCCCCACAAGCGAGACAAAGUAACCAAGUUCACUCUCUCGCAUGAGAAUAUCGUAAGCGAUAUUUUCUGGGAGAAGAAUCAUUUUUUAUUUGACAAAUGA